AUGGAGAAGACAAGAGAGGCAUUCGAAGAUGACGAGAUUCCGUUCCAUCGUAUCCGUUACUUUAAAUCAAUGGCAACAAGCGAAAUAAUAUGGGACCGAAAGAAGCGCAUCGAUCUAAUAACACGGUCCUAUAAUGGACCGCCUUCCUCAGAAUCGCCUCCAUCACCUUCUCCAACGCUGUCGCCGCAAGAACCUUCAUCUCAGGAGACAUCACCGCCUACAACACGACGGAAAUUUCCUGAGCCUGCUACUCAACCUGUUUUCUCUACAAAGUCAAAGAAAGAGUAUAUCAAGCGUAAGCGAGCAAAAACCCAGAAAAAGAUGAUUGAAGCGGCCAGGCUCGAGCUGGCAGAGGAAGAAAGGGUUAAGCGCGAGCACGACAUGAUGUUGGAGGAUAAAUUACGGGAAGUGCAGGAAAGGAUUGAAAAAUUUAACAUUUUGAAAGCUUCUUCAGAGAGUACGGAAAAGUCUUAG